AACUAAUUUAAUGAGUAAAUAGCUUGCGACCAAUUCAAAUUCAAUUCCCAUACACUAGCUAGCAAUCUAGCAAGCAGGUCGGUCGGUCACUGCCAGUUCUCCAUAUCUGACCCUCCCAUUUCUGUAAAAAUAGGAAAUAAGAUUACUAUUUGCAACAAUUUAAAGUACACAUUAUGGCUAAUUUGCUCUCCAUGCAGUUUUGUGCUACACUCAGAAAAUCUGGGAAUCUGAAGCCUCUGAGAAGCACUACUAAAGCACUGACAAACCAGCGAAGCUACAGUAGCAAAGAUGGAGAGUACCUGCAUAAAAGCAUUGUACCUACAAUGCACUACCAGAAGAGUUUACCCAGGUGUGUAAACAAAAGUUAAUUUAAUUUCUAGCAUGUUCUGAGUUUUUUUUAGCUUACUUCUACUUACCUCUUGCCCAGUACCCACUGUUGUUACUAUCACACCUUCUAGUCAAUAACAUAAAUUAUCUCAUAUAUAAUUUCUAAAAGUAGGUGACUGUUCAUGUCACUAAAGGGAAUGUAGGUGAAAGUGCACUAGGUUUUGAAUGAGAAUAAAGGACGGCCACUGGGGGGAGCUGUACCAGAACACAGCAGGGCUUGAGACAAUGACAAGUCACAUAUUGUCAGACAUACUGCUGUAAAAAGAUACAUGAUGCACUGACAAAGUUACACAUUAAUAUGAGAUUCAAUACGAUUCAAUUUGUAUCAUGUUUUGAUUUAAUGAGAUGCAAAUUCCACAGGCUACCAGUUCCAAAACUGGAGGAUACAAUCAAAAGGUAUCUGGCUGCUCAACGGCCUCUUCUCGAUGACGACCAAUUCAGGUAAGCACCAGUCAUUUGCCAGAUAGACACUUAACACUUGAGGUGAUGCCUUGUAAAUAAUAAUGUGUCACACACAAUCAACUCCUUAAAAUAUGUUUGCAGUACCACAGAGAAACUGGCCCGUGACUUUGAGAAUGGAGUGGGAAAACAACUGCAUGAGGAGCUGGUAGCUCAAGACAAGCAGAACAAGCACACCAGCUACAUCUCAGGUAUAGGUUUCCCAUGUUGACAGAAACCUCACAAUAUUAACUUGCAUGUUACUUUGCUUUAACCAUUGCUUUCAGAGAAACCUGUAUUUUCCAUGGUAUGGCAACUGCAUCGCUCUCGAUUGCAUGGCGCUACAGAGGGUGGUGCGGACAGCCCAGUACAUCACUGGGGCUGAGCUCCCUGCCAUCUAGGACCUCUAUAUCAGGCGGUGUGAAAGGAAGGCCCGGAAAAUUGUUAGACUCCAGACACCCAAGCCAUAGACUGUUCUCUCUGCUUCCGCACGGCAAGCGGUAUCGGAGCAUCAAGCCAUAAGACUGCUAAAUAGCUAACAAAAUGGCUACACGGACUAUCUGCAUUGAACCUUUUAUUAAAAUGUUCUCUCUGCACAUACACAUUAACACUGACACUCCAACUCACACACACUUAAUUUACUCACACACACUCAUACUGACUCUACACAAACGCACACACACUCAACAUACAAUCAUCAUACACACUGCUGCUGCUCUGUUUAUCAUAUAUCCUGAUGCCUUGUCACCUUACCCCUAUACAUAGCUAACCCUACCACUCCAGUAUCCCUGCACAUUGUAAAUAUGGUAUUGGCACUGACCCUGGAACUGACCCUAGCUUGCUUACUUUCUCAUGUUCUUCUUAUUUAUAUUCUCUUAUGUUUUUGUUCUACUUGACUUCUUUUUUUUGUAUAGUACUACUGCAUUGUUGGGAGAGAGCAAGCAACAAAGCCAUUUCACUGUGCUAGUGCACGUGACAAUAAAAACUUGAAUGCUAAUCUUAACUUGUCUCAUUAAAUCCUCCUCCUAGCCCCAUGGUUUGACAUGUACCUCUCAGCGCGGGACUCUAUAGUGCUGAACUUCAACCCCUUCAUGUCCUUCAACCCGGACCCCAAGACGGAGUACAAUGACCAGCUAGUGCGAGCCACCAACAUGGUGGCCUCCGCUGUGCGCUUCAUGAAGACACUCCGCGCUGGACUCCUGGAGCCCGAGGUGUUCCACCUGAACCCAGCAAAGAGCGACACGCACGGCUUCAAGAAACUCAUCCGCUGGGUCCCCUCAUCCCUGUCCUGGUAAUGAAAGGGACAGAUACUUAAAACAUUGUAUAAUUAACAGCCAGAUGCAUUGCACCGUCAUACCUUAGCUUGUGCUAAUUGGCAGGAUCAGUCCCUAGAUGGGCUUUAAAAUGAGUGAAAAAGAACAGACAACAAAACAAGUAACUAAUGAAAACAAACAACAUAUUUAAAAAAAUCACAAGUGGUUACAUUCUUGAUGUUUUUUAAUUUAUAGGUAUGGAGCUUUCAUGGUGAAUGCCUACCCUCUGGACAUGUCUCAGUACUUCCGCCUCUUCAAUGCCACUCGCAUCCCUAAGCAAGGGAAAGACGAGCUCUUCACAGACCCAAAAGGACGGCACCUUCUGGUGAUGAGGCAAGGCAACAUGUAUGUGUUUGACGUGAUGGACCGCGAUGGGAACCUGGUGAAGCCAGGGGAGAUCCAGGCCCACCUGAAACACAUCCUGUCGGACCCGACCCCGGCUGCGGCCCACCCCCUGGGGCUGCUGACCAGCGAGAACAGGGACACAUGGGCAGUGCUGAGGGAGAAGCUACUGGCCGCUGGGAAUGGAGAGGUUAAUAUUGUGUUAUCCUUCAAGUUUGUAAUGUUUGUUAUGUAACUUUGUCUUGUCUUUUAGCAUUAGAUAAUAUUUGUUUUACUAUUGAGGACCAAGUGAUAUCCUCUGGGAUCAGAUGCACAUCUUGUUAAUGUAUGUAUUAUUAUUUUUUAUCCAAAAUUAAAAUUCAAUUCAGGUGCUGGGUCUUGUAGACAGCGCCCUCUUCUGUCUCUGUCUGGACGAAGAGAGCAUGAAGGACCACAUCCACGUCUCCCACAACAUGCUGCACGGGGACGGCACCAACCGCUGGUAUGACAAGUCAUUCAGCAUCAUCAUGGCCAAAUGCGGAAACGCCGCCAUCAACUUUGAGCACUCGUGGGGCGACGGCGUGGCCGUGCUGCGCUUCCAGAACGAGGUGUUCAAGGACUCUACGGAGAACCCUCUGGUGAACCCUGGCUCCCAGCCUGCAGCCGUGGACUCAGCCUCCGCCGUGAGGAGACUCCAGUUCAACUUGGACGCAGAGCUGGAGAACGGGGUCUCCAAGGCCAAAGAUAACUUCCAUGCUGCUGUUUCUAAACUCACCAUUGACGCCAUGCAGUUCAUGAAGGUAAAUGGAUCGGUUGUUUAUUGUAGCACUGAACCCGACCAUUGUUAAAACUUGAUGCAACUGCUUUGCACUUUGAUGUUUAUUGUUGCUGUCCCCCCCCCCCCCCCCCGUCCUUUGUAUGUUUUAAACGUAUUGCUGCUGCUGACAAAUCAAUUUCCCCUUGGGGAUGAAUAAAGUAAUGAUCUAGAUCUAUCAAUCGAAGGGCGGGAAGGAGCAGCUGAAGAAGAAGAAGCUGAGUCCGGACGCCAUCGCUCAGUUGUCAUUCCAGAUGGGCUUCCUUAGGCAGUAUGGACAGACGGUGGCCACAUACGAGUCCUGUAGCACCGCAGCGUUCAGACACGGUCGUACAGAGACCAUCCGGCCUGCUACCAUACACACACAGCGCUGUGCUCAGGCCUUCGUGCAACAGCCAGGAAAACACAGCAUUGACCAACUGAUAGGCAUGCUGAGCGAAUGCUCCAAAUAUCACGGGCAGCUCACCAAAGAGGCAGCCAUGGGUGAGUGCACUACAUUUUUCUACAGAUGUUUGAUUGACUAUACCAUUAAUAUACUGUUGACUUUAUUUAUUCACACAAAAGAAGUGAAACAGAAUUGUGCAAGGUGAGAAAAUAAACCAUAGAGGGCUUCAUGUAAAUUAGCUUAUGGUCUCAAAUGUUACCAAUGUCAUUUCCACAUAUUAACCCUGUUUCUCUGCAUUUUCCCCACCAGCCCAAGGCUUCGACCGGCACCUGUUUGCCAUGAAGUACUUAGCCAACUCCAAGGGCCAGGCCCUACACAGCUUGUACCAGGACCCAGCCUACGCAGCCAUCAACCACAACAUCCUCUCCACCAGCACUCUUACCAGCCCUGCUGUUAACCUGGGAGGCUUUGCACCUGUGGUGCCGGACGGCUUUGGGGUGGGCUACGGCGUCCAUGAUGAGUGGAUCGGAUGUAAUGUGUCUAGUUACCCAGAGCGUAAUGUUCAUGAGUUCCUGCAGUGUGUUCAUAAGUCUUUAGAGGACAUUUUCUCUGUUCUUGAAGGAAAGCCUCUCAGCUAAAGAAAAGUCCAUCUGACUUUUACCGCCACUACAAAUGCAAAAUUCUAACUUCCACUUCAGUAGAAUUUUCACCCAGUUACCCAUUCACAUCAAGUGAAAAUUCGAUUGUAGUGGAAGUUGGGAUUCGCCACGGGGUGAUUUCGACUGCAGUUGUAUAGUACAUUGGGGUGAAUGUCAGGUUUUAAAGGCACUUUCCCUCAAGCGUAGAGUGUGGGUUGGAAGUGAUGGUAUGGAUUAAUAAGAGGGGAUACCGAACACAAGCUCUGCAUGGCUCAGUAGAGGGAAUAUUCCUAUACUGUCAGGUAGAUAACUAUGAAUGUCCAUAUCAAAUUCAUAAUAGAUGCCCAAGGAAAUACCAAUCAAAUACAUU